CCGGAAGUUCGCAAGCAUUUCCCGAAUAUUUGUUACUCCGUACAAACGCUUGGACGUCCCCCCCAGCGUAGCCUAUCAGAGCGGGACAUUUCAUGCAUGAGAACGAUCGAUGGAGUUGCUCCUCUUGCUCUUGGUUAAGGGCCAUCGAUAUAUUGUGGACUCGCCCACAUUGAAUUCCUUCUAUUUUUCUUUCCUCUCCAUUUGAGCCUCCAUAAUGCUCCAUUGUUGUCAUCAACAAUGACCGAAACUCAUCCUGGGUCUUCCCUGAACACAAUUAACCUCAUUACACAAUGCUUGUGCAUUCCGAUUGUCACCAUCUUCGUGGCGACGCGGUUUGGAAUCCGCUUUUGGUAUAAGCAGUUCGUUAUCGUCGAAGAUACGUUCUGUUUCCUAGCAUGGAUUCUGUUCAUGGCAUACUGCGCCAUUGCCAUUGUUUUGGGACAAUAUGGCGGAGGUGUAAAUUAUCUAGAGGUCCCGGAGUCAAUGCAGGUGACUUACCGCAAGUUCUGCUAUAUCGCAACCGUCUUUUACUGUCCCAUGAGUCUCUUUGUGAAAUACGCCUUGCUUUCCAUCUUGAUCCGGAUCUUCGCGCCAUACCGGGGCCGGAUUAUGUUCAUCUAUGUUCUCCUCGGAUGUCUGACCAUUUACUACAUCAUCGCUGAGAUUGUCAAAAUUCGCAUGUGUGACCCCGUUCCGGCAUAUUGGACUGGGGCACCGGCCAACUGUCUCGAUCAACAAGCUGCCCUGAUUGCCGACUCGGUUAUUAGCGUCGUGACCGAUCUUAUGAUUCUCAUCUUGCCGCUGCCGCUGACCUGGUCGCUCCAAAUGUCGCGAAGCAAGAAGCUCCGAGUCAUCGGCAUGUUGUCCGCUGGAGGACUCGCCACGGCCUUCAGUGUCUACCGACUGAUUCUGGUUUUGAAAGAGGGCAGCACGCCCAAUACUACAGUAAUGUUUACGUGUGUGAUUCUGUCAGGUAACGCGGAAGGAGGAGUCGGCCUCAUCUGCGCCUGUCUUCCGACGAUGAAUAUUUUGAUCAACAAACUCCGGAAAGCCGGCUACAGCUACGGCUCGAACAAGUACUACCGGGACGAGUCCUCGAUGCACCUCAGCAAAAUGAAAGGCGCCAACGGCAAGGGAUUCUCCACCAUCGGAUCGAAGGGGUCCCGAACCGAGCCCGAAUUUGGAUCCGACCAGAGCCAUCUGAUUUCGUACGCGGGCACAGUCGAUAUGAGCGCCUCCGGCGAUGGCGGGAUCCAUAAGACCGUUGACGUAUCGCAAACCGUGGAGGUGUUGGCUGGCGGAGGAGAAUCAUCCUCUAGCCAUUCCGACCAUCACACGCGGUUUUAGCGCGCCUUCUUUUAUUUUUUUUUUUUUAUUUUUAUUUUUUUCUAUUUUCAUUUCAUUCUUCUUUCGUUCUAUAAUAGAUAUCCUUGGUGGGGCAUUUUGUAUGCAUACUCGACUAACUUUCCCGAUUUUUCCUUUUUUUUUCCCAUAUUUUUUCUUUUGUGGAGCUUGUUUAUACAGGAUUUCCUACAGGUCCAAAGCUUGAUACCUUCGAUGGGCUUCUCGAGGCCUGGUGAUGUCAUUUUGGAUGUGUCUAAUGUUGAUAAACACAUCCUCUCAAUUACAAAUAGAGAUACGGUUUAUGAUAUAUCACUUUUUGCCCCUCGAGUUAGAGGCAAAAAAUCUUCAAGGAUGCAUAGGAUUUGCCAUGCCGAACGCCGCUCAAUCUUUAGCACGAUCUCCAUAAUCCAUAAUCCAGCCCCCAAAAAGAAAAACAACAGAAGAUUCGCUGCAGAAGAUCGCCACGCGAACAGACCUCUGAACUAUUUCAAAAACAAAACGCGUCCGACCAACAAAGUAAAUCGACUAUGCAGCACGAAGGAUGAUCUAGCGAACGAAGAUCACCAGCAGUGGAGCGCAUUAUUCGGCAUGCGACAAAAUUGAUUCCACGCCAUGUGGCAAUUAUCCGAGAAGCACCCUUUUUUUUUUUUUAUUUUAAAU